GAGAACGUGUAGGUUACUCAAAAUGUUUCUUUGCAGAGAAUUUUAAGCCUGUUCUGAUUAUUUUGUUUCAUGAUUGCUGUAAGAAAGACCGAGACAAGGUUUGGCAUGGAAGGUAUUCGUCACAGACAAACGUUAGAAUAAGAACUACAACAAGAAUUCACAGACAUCAAUUUGAUCAUGGGUGACAUGAGUGAAUAUUAUCGCCAAAUAUCAGAAAUUCAAAAGGCAGUGAGAGAAAGAGAAAUGUAUCGGUUAGAAUUGGAAAAAGAGAGAUUGCUGAAGACACAGAGAAGAGAAAAAAGACAUGAAGAGUUGCGGGCCAAGAUCAAGUCUCUACACAAAGAGCUGGUUAGAGAGGAGUUAGAAGCUGCCCAGAGAGUGCGCAGAUUAUUAUCUCAGGUGGAGGCCGUGACAAGAGAACACCAGCUCUUAGAAGCUCAGACGGAAAAACUGCGAAAUAGGAAGCAACAAUAUGAGGCACAACUUGAAAUGGCCAUUCCCAACUUGAAAAGCAACUCUUCACAUUCUUAUCUCAAUGAUUUGUAUCAAACAAUUGGACAAGGCUUCAUACCAUCUGCAGCAAGUGCUGGCAUUUUUCCCCAAGGAACUAACAUCUUAGGAAAUUUUCCUCAGGGGACAAACACCUCAGGCUCUAUACUUCAGAGAGCCAGCACUCCUAUGCCAACCUCAUCCAUACCCAGUCUGAACCCUUUUUCUGCAGCUGUUCCUCAGGUAUCACCCAUAGUUCCUUCAUUAGCUCCUACCACUCAUGGGUCAGUUCAACAGCCAGGAAAUAGCUUUGCAUCUGGCAUUAUGGCUGGUCAGGUCACCUCUAACCAGAUGACUGUGCCCCAUCCUUUACUACAACCAGGAAUGCCUCAACCCUCAUUGAGUCAGCAGGAAGAGUUAGCAAACAGAAACAUAAAUUUGCCAAAUGGAGGUCUUGUCACAUCAGCUGCAUCUGCUGUGCCUGUUAUCACUUCCCAGAUUCAGUAUCCUUAUCAGGAGAAUGCUCCUAGGGCUCCUUUAUCUGAACAAGGAGGUUUUAACACUUCUCCAUCAAAUCCAUCAUCUUUUGUGGCCAGAAAUCUAUCUUUAGGUUAUGAAAGUGGUCAUUUGAUGCCUGAAGCACACCAGGGACAUGUGGGAGUUACCUCUGAUAAGCCUCUUCAUCAAGAUCCUCUGCAUCAACCCUCUCACACUCUUGCAUCACAGGCAAUUGCAAACUCAAAUCAGAAUCCAGUAGAUGAAUCUAUGGGCACUCUUUCCUUCCAAGCUAUGCAAAGAGAAUCCGCAGUCAAUUCUGUUCCCACAGGAAGGACAGACACUACUUCUACAGCUCCUCAUUUACAGACAAUAAGCACUUAUCAAAAUAAUCAAGGUAUCAGUGCUCCAAACAUGUUAGAAAAUUUAGCAAGGAAGAUGAAGGCAGAAGAGCAACAAAUAGAUCAUGCAGCUCCUUUGCAAAAUGAGACUCCAGUAAAUAACAGCUCCUCCAGACUAGCAAGUCAGCAGUCUGAAGAAGCUAGUACAAGCACCGGCCUUCCCACUAGGCCUACUGUUACUGGACUUUCAGAAGCUCACAGCAUUGAUUCUGUACAGGCAAAUAAUGAAAUGAUGGAGGAGAGCCUCCCUCUUUCUCCCCAAGAACAAGCUCCCUCCCAGGAGAGAAGUGGAUCCAAUGAACAGUCAGCUUCAACGGUAGAAAAUCAGCAAGGAGAAAUAUCUCGUCCAACUCUUGGAAAUAUAGACAGUGCCUCCAAACCUGCUUCUCAUGAUUUAUCAUACAGUGGAAAUAGUGUAGACUCCAGCUCUACUUACAAUAUACCUGACAAUAAGCAGCUAGAGAGGAAGCCAGAAAAUGCUGAAAAACAGUUACAAAACAAGGGAGGCUCAAAACCAGGAGACACAAAAAAACAGUCUGAAAAUAAUACCAAAUUAGAAUCAGAAAAUGCUGUAAAAAAUGCCAGUGAAACAAAUGAUGAUGCCAAAGUAACCACAGCCAAAGAAAAAACAGCAGGACCUCAUGAGCAGAAAGACACCCAGCCAGAAUCUAAGGACAAUACCACUCCUUCAACAACAACUGGGAGUAGUAACCAAAAAUCACUACCAUCUGCUCCAUCAACUGAUGAGAAAACCAUAAGCAAUAGUAAAACUUCUUCACUUCAGUCAAAAGACCAUCAAAGUUCCUUAACCUCUACUCCAUCAGAUGAAAAAGCUAAUGAUGAAACCCAGGCAUCAUCACCCACACCUCUUACAGACACAAAGAAACCAAAUCCCAGCGAGCCAGAAAAGAAGACUGUCGUCCAAACUGUGAAAAAAGAUGACCCUGUUUCAAAGCCCAAUACCUCAAAGGUACAAGUCAGCCAGCCUUCAGUCAGCUCUCUGACAGACACCUCCAGCACAGCACCAACACCUUCCCUUCCAGUCAGACCUUUACAGUCCAAACCUUUCACAGUCCGGGAUCCAGACGAUGAUUCAGACUUCUUUGAUCGUGAUGUUCCUGUCACUGCGACAGCAGCAUACAAGGCCAUGGUGUCAGGUACAAGAGGGCCAGGCACAGGCAUCCCGACGGAGAGCGACAGUGAUGACCUUGAGAACCAGAUGAGCGCCAUGGUGGCCAAGCGAGAUGUGCCAAAGUCCAGGCCAAAUUUUAAGCCUUUUGCGUCAAGUAUCCCCUCACUACGACCUGCACCUCCCAGCACUGAUACUGACAGUGUAGACAGUGUUGAAGCUGCUAUACAGGCAGCAAUGAACAAGCCUAAAGAUCAAGGAGAGAAGCCAGCACUGCCAUCUGAGACCGCUGCAGUUCCCAGUCAAGCAGAGAAGCCAACAGGAACGAAAACAACCUCAGCCCCAUCGGCACUCUUAGGCAAGACUCGGCCAUCGGCAGCCCUUCAGCUCAACCUGGACUCAGACUCGGAAUCUGGUGGUGUAAGCGCUGGGGCAGAUGCCUCGGAUGAUGAUGACUUUGAUUUUUAUGACUAGACUGUGGAUGAUGAUGUUACAUUUGUGAUAAUAUGGAGGGGGUUAAAUUGUGAUUUUCUUUAUUUCUGCAAAACAAAAGGGAAAUAGGAAGAAAUAAGGCUAGUAAAUGUGGAUGGUGCAUUAUAUCAGUGUUGUCCAAACAUUUUCGCCUAUUGUACCUUUUAUUACCUUCUUGCACUGUGACGUACACCCACUCCCCCCUGUCCACCAUGGCUAAACAAACUGUUUUAUUUGGGAUAUUGCAAAUAAUAUAAUAAUAAUGAAAAGACUGCAUUGCAGGAAUGUCGGUCAAUAAAUUCAAAUUUAAUACACAAAUAAAAAAGAUGAUGAACAUGUGAUGUUUCUGUUUGUUUGUGUGUGUGUGUGUGCGUGCGUGUGUG